AUGAAGAAAUCACUCGUACAAAUUGGCUCUGCAGUUUGCCGUAUUAAGGCAGCACCUCUCUCAGCAACAAAUUUGAUCCAGCAACAACGGAAUCUUGCCGGCAGUCACCCGGACCCAAUGAUGCGCUACAAAAAACUUGCUGAUACGGUGACAAAGAAACCUCGUGUGCUGAUUACUGGAUCUCUGGGACAGUUAGGUAGAGGACUCGCCAAAGCUUUCAGGUAUAUGUAUGGUCGUGAUAGUGUUUUAAUGACUGAUAUAGUGAAACCACCACAAGAUGGAAGUGUGGCAGCGUUAAACAUUCGAAAGUACAAACUGCAAGUGUUCAUUCCAAGCACAAUCGGUGCCUUCGGUCCAACGUCACCGCUCAAGUUAACGCCAGAUAUCUGCGUUCAACGACCCCGAACUAUCUAUGGUGUCACAAAGGUUUAUGCUGAAUUGCUCGGCGAAUAUUACAACGAUAGAUUCGGUCUCGAUUUCAGAUGCCUUCGGUAUCCAGGAAUUAUCAGCGCUACCAUGCCUGGUGGUGGAACAACUGACUAUGCAGUGCAAGCAUUUUAUGAUGCAUUGAGGUACGGCAAGCAUAAAUGCUAUUUGAAACCAGAUGCACGUCUGCCGAUGAUGUACGAUACGGAUUGCACUGGUUCAACAGUCUUUUACCUCUCAACACCAGAAGAGAAGUUAAAGCAACGAACAUACAACGUCACUGGCUUCUCGUUGACUCCUGAAGAGCUGACGGCAGCUAUUCGCAAAGUUAUGCCGAACUUUGAAAUUGAAUACGAAAUUUGCCCAAUCAGGCAGAAAAUCGCCGAAUCUUGGCCAGAUAAAUUCGAUGAUUCGAAUGCGAAGAAGGACUGGGGAUGGGCGCCUGAAUAUGAUUUGGAUGCAACCGUCAAGAUUAUGUUUGAACUUGUCGGAAAGCAGUUGGAAGAACAGAAACAUAACACAACUUCACCAAAAUCAGCAGUUGCUUAA